AGUCUCAUAGCUCGUCUCCAUCAGCCUUUUGCCGCUUCUGCCGAUCCUGCCCGAUUCCUUGCAGAGCUGGACCUUUCGGCUUUGGAGUUGGGCAGUUGGAUCACUCCACACUGGGACUGGGUCCAGAAUUUGGAACAUUGGAACACUGGGACAUCCGCUGCUGGCCUGCUGCCGUACUAUGCCGCCUGCCGCGUACCGCCCGCCUCCCGCCGUCCACAGCCCAGUAUCCGCCGUCCCGCUCUACGCCAACUCUCCUGUUCAUUCCGAAGAGACAGGGAAACCGACAUGGUGAUUCUUGCUGGUCUCGGGGACCUUAGUCAACAGUCUUUUCGCGUUGAGUCCUGCACUCGGGCUGGAGUUGGGAUUUUGGAUGCGCUGUGUAAAACCUGGUACUUUCACGAGGGAAAUUGAGGGAAAUUGAGCGGCGUCCUGUCCAAAACGUGCGCCAAUGGGAAUUAUUGAGUCGGGUUUCUUGCAGAUUGCUGAUCUCUCUCUCGCUCUCGCCUUCCGUCAUCAGGAGGGGGAGCUUUACCCGCGACGUGCAUCGCAUCCGCAAUCCCGCAUGCAUUCAUUGCAUUGUGAGCGUCUACGCGGCGCAAUCCCCGUUCAUGGCGCCCGUUCCACGGUUACACAAACCAAGCUCAACACCCUCGUCAAUAUCAAUGUGUUUUCCCUACUUCAGGAACUUAGAAUCGACUCAUUCGAGCAUUUGAUCCAACUGAUGGGGUGUGGUCGACCGUUGUCCAGCAUCGCGACACGGCCGAGCCCAGUCGAGGUGUCUGGAGCAAUCCUGUUGGAAGUCCGAACUUACCAGUGCCUGAUUAUCCCGAUUUAUACGAAUCUCAAGGGUGUAUCAAGGGUACCUCGGGCGGUCGAUGGACCGGGCCGCGCCCGCCAGAAAUAAAUAGAACUUGGAGCCUCGGACGGACGAUGACACGAGGAAUUACCAGUCCGGUCCUCCUCUCAUUUCUUCCUUCCCCUUGCUCAGGAAUUAUAGUUUGGAUGCUCUGCUCACUUCUGGCUGCCGCUGAGCGGUGCUACACUGGCUAGCGCCAGGGACUGAUGCAAGACCAUACAGCAUACGGAGGAUCCGUAUGUGAUGGGAUACGUCCAUGGCCUCCCCCGGGCCCAAUCCAGAGCUCCGUGCCACCGUUAAUUCUUCUGAUGCUGUGCCGCAACCGGACGAUUGCGAUAUGCGAAGCGCAUCGCCUCAAUCACAAAGGGAUGUUAGUUUCUGUCCCGC